AUGUCAGUGCGCCUUCUGAACCCCCAGUCCUCCGCCCUUCUCCAUUUUCACUUCCGCAACUCCCUUUCUUCAUCAGCCCCAAGGAGUUGCGUUCCGUCACAUUUUAGGUUAAAAUNCGGUGGUGAACAGAGAUGGUGGGACCCUGUCUGGCGUGCCGAACGCCUUCGGCAACAAGCCGCUGAGAUGGAGGUGAUGAAUGAAAAUGAGUGGUGGGGGAAGAUGGAGCAGUUUAAGAAAGGAGGCGAGCAGGAAAUGGUAAUAAGGCGGAAUUUUAGUAGGGAUGACCAGCAAAAGUUGGCUGAUAUGGCGUAUCAAUUAGAGCUUUACUUCCAUGCUUAUAACAAAGGAAAGGCACUUGUUGCAAGCAAAGUCCCAUUGCCAAGCUAUCGUGCUGAUCUUGACGAGCGUCAUGGAUCUACACAGAAAGAGAUAAGGAUGUCUACGGAGAUUGAGGAAAGAGUCGGAAAUCUAUUGAGUAGUUCACAAGAUACUGUAUCUGGUGGGACUUCCUCUUCAACAUCUGGUAGUUCUGCCAAAUUAUCAUCCAAAGCUCUAGAAACGGCCAGACCUAAGUUGACUGUAGAGAAUGAUACUGCCAAGCAGAGACUUAAUAAUGAACUUAAACAGAAACAGGAAAAGACAAGGGAAAGUGAAAAAGUCAAGGCAAUGAUCUCAUUCAGGGAAGAACUUCCAGCAUUUAAAGUAAAAUAUGAAUUUUUGGAAGCUGUUGCAAGUAAUCAGGUUUUGGUAGUUUCUGGAGAAACUGGUUGUGGCAAGACCACUCAGCUCCCUCAAUUCAUUCUAGAAGAGGAGAUAUCAUCCCUCCGUGGUGCUGACUGUAACAUUAUAUGCACUCAGCCUCGCCGUAUAUCUGCCAUAUCAGUUGCAGCUAGAAUAUGCUCUGAAAGAGGAGAGAAUCUUGCUGAUACUGUUGGUUACCAGAUCCGACUGGAGUCAAAGCGCUCUGCUCAAACGCGGUUGCUAUUUUGCACAACAGGAGUGUUAUUGCGGCAGCUGGUUCAGGACCCUGAUUUGACUGGUGUUAGCCAUCUGCUUGUUGAUGAAAUCCAUGAAAGAGGCAUGAAUGAAGACUUUCUCUUAAUAAUUUUACGUGACCUCCUUCCUCGACGGCCUGAUUUGCGUCUCAUUCUGAUGAGUGCUACUAUUAACGCUGAGUUGUUCUCCAAAUACUUCAGAAAUGCACCCAAAAUUCAUAUAUCGGGCUUGACAUAUCCAGUGGCAGAGCUGUUUCUUGAAGACGUGUUAGAGAAGACUCGUUACCUUAUAAAAUCCGAAGCAGACAGUUUCCAGGGAAGCUCAAGGAGAAGGCAGAGGCAACAAGAUUCUAAAAGAGAUCCUCUGACUGAUCUUUUCGAGGCAUGGUUUCUGCCUUGAAUUAUUGCCUGUUGA